UCGUUCAAUAGGUACAGUGAUAGUGAUAAACAUUAAUUGAAGGAAUUCGCACACCUCGUGAUGAGCAAACUACGCUUCCACCGGAAGCUUCAGCCGUCUGAUCCGCACCAGUCACCUGUGCUGAUCAUCGGCCAGCAGCGUCAUCUGGGUGACCUUUCGUUCGACCGAGUCCGCUGUAAGUUGGAGCCCCGCGUUUCGCUGGAAACCUUCACAAAGGCCAUUACCUAUCUGCAUCCGGCACCGACGGAUACCUGUUCGCUGUAUUUGGAUUUGGCCAAAGUUGCCGCCCUGCCUACCAAGGCUUCCCGGCAUAACUCCGAAUCGAGGGCGCACGCUCUGACCAAGUUGGUCCAAACGAACACGUCCGGAGUGAACGAAUCAAUUGUGGUGGUUUGCGAGAAGGAUAGUCUAUUUGCUUCCGGAUGUGCCGUGGCCCGGGCUUUUCCUUUGUACAACAGGAAGACGAGCAAGGUUGGCGGUUCGGGUGCAGCGGAAUUAGUAACAAUUAAUGUGGAGUUUGUCCUGGUGGAUAAUGAGGAACUCUCAGAGCAAGAUGUCAAAGUCAUCGAGUAUGCUGCGCGAGGAAUACGUCUGACGGCGAAGAUUGUCGAUGCUCCGUGCAAUGAGAUGAAUGUGUCCGGAUUCUUACAGGAGAUCGAAACCGUAGCCAAGGAGUUGAAGUUGGUACCAAAGGUUAUCCGUGGCGAAGAGCUGCGAGAGAAAGGCUUCGGAGGAAUUUAUGGCGUAGGAAAGGCAGCUUCUGAUCCCCCAGCUCUGGCAGUGCUAUCCUAUGAGCCAGAAGGUGCUACCGAAACCGUAGCAUGGGUUGGUAAGGGCAUUGUUUAUGACACUGGUGGUCUUAGCAUCAAGGGCAAAACUGCGAUGCCUGGCAUGAAGCGAGACUGUGGUGGAGCCGCUGCCAUUCUGGGAGGAUUUUAUGCCACCAUCAAGAGUGGCUUCAAGCAAAACUUGCAUGCCAUUUUCUGUCUGGCCGAGAACUCCGUUGGACCUAAUUCGACACGCCCGGAUGAUAUCCAUCGCUUGUACUCUGGAUGCACGGUUGAGAUUAACAACACCGAUGCCGAAGGUCGUCUAGUGCUGGCAGAUGGAGUCUGCUACGCGGACAAAGACUUGAAGGCAAAGGUCAUUCUGGAUAUGGCUACCUUGACAGGAGCUCAAGGAAUUGCUACGGGAAAAUAUCACGGUGCUAUUCUAACCAAUAGCGGUUGCUGGGAAGACAAAGCGUUGAUUGUCGGUCGUAAGACGGCCGAUUUGGUCUCGCCCGUUCCUUACUGCCCUGAGUUGCACUUCACCGAAUUCACCUCUGCGGUGGCUGAUAUGAAGAAUUCGGUCAUGGAUCGUGGCAACGCUCAAGUCAGCUGUGCCGGAUUGUUCGUUGCUGCUCAUCUUGGAUUUGAGUAUUCUGGAGUCUGGAUGCACGUCGACAUGGCAUCUCCGGUUCAUUGCGGCGAACGGGCCACCGGAUAUGGAGUUGCUUUGCUCCUGGGACUGUUUGGAAAACACAGCAAGGCCGAUCUAUUGCAGCAAGUAGCUGCAGCUGCCGAAAAUGGUACUCAUUAUGAUCCUAACGAGCCAUCACUAAAGAAAGCUCGUGUUGACUGAAUGUAGCUGGUCCAAGGUCGGUUACGGUUACAGUAAACUGUUCAUACAUGUGCAAGCAUUUAAAUGCAGUUAGAAAUUUUGUAAUCGCUUUUCUGAGAAAAAUACAUCUAGGAUUUGUCAUAAGACUGCCCCUAACAAA